GCACCACCUUACCUCAGCAAUGUCAUCUUGCCCGCCGCUUCUCCACUGAAAGAUCCGGCUUCAACAGGGCAGUAUGGGAGAAAUAGUGCAACUUUCUAAAAGCCUCCUACGUGUACGUGGGCCAGAUGCGGCCCGCUUUUUAAACGGACUCCUCACCACGCGCCUUAUUCCAAAUGUGGUCAAAAAGAAACAGCACACGAUCUCGGCCAAUGAAAAUAGACACCUUGGCUUGAACAACACCGUGAACUUGCUGGAAAACUGGGGGGUCAUGCACGAGGAUAUCUACGACCCGGAGCAAAAUAUAUAUGUGACCCGGACGGGGAUUUUCUCGAUGCUUCUCAAUUCCAAGGGCCGCGUGAUCAACGAAUGUUUCAACUUUCCUGUGCCCUUCCAUUCCAGGACUCCGGAGUUCCAGGAGACCGUGAAAAAAGGGCCCGACUAUCUAUUAGAAAUCAGCCCGGUAUAUCAGAGGUCACUACUAUCCAUGCUCAAGAUCCACAAGCUCAGUGCACAGGUGAAAAUCGAGCAGGCGGCCGACAUAUAUUCGUACUACUAUUAUAGCGAUACGCCCGAGUUUGAGGACUGGCUUGAAAACGUCCAACAGGAGUACUUCCAGACGGCCGAGCCCAGCGCCGCUCUCUCCAGCGCCGCUCUUUUCGUGGAGAAAGCAGGCUUCCUUCUGGCGAACUAUGCAGAUCACGUGGUUGGGCUUGCUGUGGACAACAGGAUCCCGAAUUUCGGGAUCAAGAUCUUGACCAACGUUCCAAUCGAUAGCCCGUCGUCGCUUCUCGCGCCUGAGUUUGUGGCCCGGUUCGGAGCCCGGCAGGUUUCCGAGGAACACGUGACAGAAAGAAGGUAUAUCAAUGGCCUUUUCGAGACGUCGGACGCGGCCAAAGGUCAAAGUCUUCUCCCGUUUGAGGCCAAUCUUGAUUAUGUCAAUGGGCUCUCACUCGAGAAGGGUUGCUACGUGGGCCAGGAACUUACGAUCCGCACCUACAAUGGCGGCGUGAUCCGGAAAAGAAUUGUGCCGGUGGAAUUUGAUCAGAACGUGGCGGCUUUGAUGGGGGGCGUGGAUCUCAGCACGGUUGAGAUUUCCCGGCCGGAUGCCUCUAGUGCUACUGAGCCUGCAACACCGUCCCCAGUGGUUGCCCUGUCGCCUUUUGGACUGACUGGUGUUGUUGGAAGAAGAGGAAAAUUGGCCAAACUAUUCUCUGUGCACGGCAGCCACGGAUUUUUGUUGGCAACGGUGGACGACGUGAAAAAAGACGGCAGAUUUGAAAUGAAAGUUGGGGGCGCCUCUGUUGGCUUGACGGCCUUCUUGCCGGAGUGGUGGCCCGAAGAGUAGACCAUGUAUAUAUUAUUAGAGGAGACCGGGGCAUACGAUUGUUGCUGUGAAACCUGCUGUGAUAUUCAAACGUGUGCUUGGGACUACCAUCUGUCAUUGCAAUUAAACACGAUAUAGAUUGUUCCUGGCCACCCGAUAGUGGCUCGUUGAACCUACCAUAUUGUGGUUUGCUUGGUAUGUGAAGUAUAUAGUAGCAUGUCUGCGCACAGAACAUAGGGAAGAUUUAUGGAAGCGAACAAGCACAAGCAGCCAUUGUCUGAGCAUGCAGCUACAAGUUGGGAG